AUGCCGCUUUUACGCACAGUCCAAUCUUUACGCAGCGCUGUGGGCACUAUCCCGGGACUCUCUGUCACACGCUGGUGCAGCAUGUCUGACAUGUCGGGGGCCCGUCACGUGGUGUGGAGCUCUGAGGGCUGCGUUGCCUACCUCAGCCCGCGGCCCUGGACCCCCGGCGCAGUGGUGGUGGAACCCAGUGCCAAGAGUCCUGAGGGGGGCAGUGUUUUUGACCUGGCUGAGGCAGAGCUCCGGAUCUUGCUCUUGGGGGCUCGCGCUGUGUCCCGGCUCCUCUGCCAGCGGCUGGGGGUCCGCAGAUGCGCACUGGUAACCCGACCUCAGCCACAGCGCCCCCCACAGGUGCAGGUGCUGCCGCUCCAUGGGCUAGGGGCCGAGUGGCGCCCUCAUCUGGCUGCAGAUGAGGAGUUUAACCACAUGGACCCUGGAUACUGCACCUCCAAGAGUGCCCCCUGCUGGAGUGCAGAGCGUCUGGACGUGCUGCAGGCAACCAUUAGGGCCGCACUGCCGGACCCUCAGGCCCCCCCAGACCACACCUUUCUAGGAGAAGACCCCGCUCACCCUGGUCUCUUCUCCAGGAUCGUGCGGGGUGAGGAGCAGCAGUGGAGGGUGUGGGAGGACCCAGGACAUGUGGCCUUCCUCACCCCCUUCCCUAACACCCCUGGGCUCACGGUGGUGGUCCCCCGUAGACCCCUGUCCUCAGACAUCUUCAGCCUAGAGGAGCAGGACUAUGUGGGGCUGGUGCAGGCGGCGCGCAGCACGGCUCUGCUGUUACGCAGUACUCUGGGGGCCUCCGCUGUGGCCAUGAUCUUUGAGGGCUUUGAGAUCGACUACGCUCAUGCCAAGCUCAUGCCGCUGUUCCCACCAGGGCCAUCCAGAGGGGGGCAGUGCGAGGCAAAUGCUGCCCCCUUCUACAGCACCUAUCCUGGCUUUGUGAGCUCCCAGGACGGUCCUGAGGCGGACGAAGACACACUUGCACAGCUGCACGCCCGCAUCACAGCAGAUCAUGACUCUGUGGAGGCCUAG